AUGGCACUAUUUAUGUUAUUGCCAGUUUGCUACUCCUACUUCCAUCCAUCAUCAACGAGUAAAUCCCCUCUUCUCCUACAUUCCCCUCCUCAAACAAUGACCCUUCAAGAAGCAAUAGCAACUGAUGAUGUCAAUGAGCUAUACAGCUUAAUUGAGCUGAACGAAAAGCUCUUAGAUGACAUAUCCAAAGGCCCCUUCCCAAAUACUCCACUGCACGAUGCCGCGGGCAAGGGGAAAACUAAAGUGGCCAUGGAGAUAGCCAUCUUGAAGCCGUCAUUUGCUCGAAAGCUGAAUCGAGGGGGUUAUAGCCCUAUGCACUUGGCUUUGCAAAAUAAGCAUUAUGGCACCGUCAUGGCACUGAUGACCCUCAACCCCAAGUUGAUCCGAGUCCGAGGACGAGGUGGGAUCACCCCUUUACAUUUUGUAGCCAGGGAAAAAAGAGACAAUGAAGAGGAGAACAUGAAGCUGUUGGAACUCCUGGCCGAAUUCCUAUCCGCUUGCAAAUCAUCCAUUGAAGACUUGACGAACCAAUGUGAGACUGCGGUUCACCUUGCCGUUAAAAGGGGCAACAUCGAAGUAUUCAAGGUUUUGUUUGGAUGGAUUAAACGAACUUACCUGACGGAAAUCUUAGAUUGGAAAGAUGAAGAUGGUAAUACUGUCUUACACAUUGCUGCGCUGGAACAGCAGCCCGAGAUCAUCAAGUUGUUGAUUGGGCAUGUGACUGAGAUUGCAAUGAACAACCAAGGUAUGACGGCUUUGAAAAUCUUCCAAGAGAAUCCUUGUGGCGAUCAAGAUCUAGCGAAGAUGUUACACCGUCUAGGACAUGUAGCAAGCUGGUUUCAACCCCUCCCUCUAUCACAAUUUUUAAGGAUGGAACUAUCUUUCUUUCAGAAGAGCACAUUAUGGUUUGGCCUCCGAGAUGAGUCUGCUCGAGAUAUAAUUCUUAUAAUGGCUACCUUAAUUGCGACUACAACUUACCAAGCCACUCUCAGUCCUCCGGGAGGAUACUGGCAGGAUAACUCUUCAAAUCUCCUGCCCAAUUCCACUGAGGUUAGUGCCAAUUCCAGUGGCAUUGCUAUUGAAAAACCACAUCGAGCCGGAAACAUUAUCAUGACUGGCUCAGAUCUAUAUACGUUCACGGUCCUCAACAGUGCGGUUUUCUUAGCCUCCAUCGGCACAAUCUGGGUCACCGCCAUUCCACUAUUGCCCCACACUUUCAUGGUUUACUUUUCUGUAUUUAUUCUCUGCGUUGCUUACUUUACUUCCAUUGCAGUCGAAUUCCCGAAAUCCAAUCUUGUCAUGAGAAAUUUCCUAGCGGUGAGUUAUGUGUCGCUGGUGAUCGUCGUGCUGUGGCUCCCCUUCUUCGUGUGGAUGAAGCACCUCCGAGUUCUGCACCGAAUCGAUGCCACAGGGAGACACCUCAAGGUUUGAAGGUUCCGCUAUGAUUUGCAAGUAUUAUUUACUUAUAACUAUUCUUAUUGCGUAUGUAUAUUAUCUAUGUUUCUAGUCUUGGAGGUUUAGAAGAACUAGACUCUUUAUUAGUUGCAUGUAAUGGACUCAUCUAUUAAUUCAUUAAUCCCGAAAGACCUGUGAUCUUGCUUAAA